UAUUUUUUUUUUCGCCUCUUCAUUUUCUUCGAUGCGCACAUUUUUUGUUAGAGCGGCAGAGAGAGAGAGAGAGAGAGAGAGAGAGAGAGAGAGAGAGAGAGAGAGAGAGAGUCGUCAUCGUCGUCGUCUUGGUUGUUAUGGAAGACUCGAUGACGGAGGAGAAAAGAUGAUCACCAUUUCCUUUCUCUCUCUCUCUCUCUCUCUCUGAUCAACCAUCAAGCGGAUUCUGAUUUCCAUGGGCACAUUUCAGAGCUUCCGCAAAGCUUAUGGCGCUCUCAAGGAUUCUACCAAGGUCGGCCUCGCCAAGGUCAACAGCGAAUACAAGGAUUUGGAUAUCGCCAUUGUCAAGGCUACCAAUCACGUUGAAUGUCCGCCUAAAGAACGUCAUGUUCGAAAAAUAUUUUCGGCGACAUCGGUGAUGAGGCCUCGGGCGGAUGUGGCGUACUGCAUUCAUGCAUUGGCGAAGAGAUUGUCGAAGACGCGGAGUUGGAUCGUAGCCUUGAAGACAUUGAUAGUUGUACAUAGGACAUUGAGAGAGGGUGAUCCAACCUUCAGGGAAGAACUUCUCAGCUAUUCACACAGAGGACACAUUCUCCAAAUAUCAAAUUUCAAAGAUGAAUCAAGUCCUCUUGCUUGGGAUUGUUCGGCAUGGGUAAGGACGUAUGCCCUUUAUCUAGAAGAGCGACUUGAAUGUUACAGAAUCUUGAAGUAUGAUAUUGAAUCGGAACGUCUAACGAAAACGUCUCCAGGAGCGGCAAAGGUACAUAGUAGGACACGCUUGCUGAACUGUGAUGAGCUACUGGAGCAGCUACCCGCACUGCAGCAGCUUCUCUACCGCCUAAAGGGAUGUCAGCCAGAAGGAGGAGCUUACAGUAAUUAUCUUAUCCAGUAUGCCCUGGCUCUGGUACUCAAAGAGAGCUUUAAAAUAUAUUGUGCGAUAAACGACGGAAUAAUAAAUCUUGUGGACAUGUUCUUUGAUAUGCCAAGGCAUGAUGCAGUUAAAGCUCUCAAUAUAUACAAAAGAGCCAGCAACCAGGCUGAAAAUCUUUCGGAAUUUUACGAAUAUUGUAAAGGAUUGGAACUUGCUAGAACAUUUCAGUUUCCCACAUUGAAGCAGCCACCUCCAUCAUUUCUUUCAACAAUGGAAGAAUAUAUAAGAGAAGCACCACAGACAGGUUCUGUUCAUAAGAGACUGGAAUACCAAGAGGUGAAGCAAUUGACUCAGGAACCGGAGAGUCCCGAAGAACCUGCCGAAAUUGAAAAGGAGGUUGAAAAUGUUGAGGACAACGAACCAGUGGUUGAGGACACAGAGGAAGAAGAAUCCCAACAGAAUGAAGAGGAGGAGGUCGCUGAAUCUCCACCUCUAAUUGCGACCGACGACAAAAGUGAUCUUCUGGGUCUGAGUGAAAUAAACCCUAAAGCUGCAGAAAUAGAGAAAAAUAAUGCUUUAGCUCUCGCUAUAACUACAGAUGGGAAUAAUCCACCUUCUUCAAAUCGUUCUUUGAGUGACAUUGACAGUAGUGGUUGGGAGCUAGAGCUUGUAAGCACACCAAGCAAUGAUGCUGGUCCAACGGUCGAUAGCAGACUGGCUGGUGGUUUUGACAAGUUAUUACUUGAUAGCUUGUAUGAAGAUGAGCAUGCCAGAAGCCAUCUUCAGCUGCAGAAUGCUGGAUAUGGACCAUAUGGCGAAACGUCGGUGCAGAAUCCAUUCGAACACUUCGAUCCGUUUUCACUGUCAAGCAGCAUAGCGCCUCCCCCGUGCGUGCAAAUGGCAAUGAUGGCUCAGCAACAACAAAUGCUUUUCCAGCAACAGCAGCAGGAAUCAUUACAAACAGACGCCUUCCCUCAGCAGCAACAGCAGCAGCAGCAGGAGCAGCAACUAGAUUCAAAUGACUCCGGGACGAUGGUACCUUAUGAGCAACAAGAAAUGCAACAAUUUGGUCCUUUUAAUCCAUUUGGAGACCCUUUUCUUUCCUUUCCUCAAACUUCGACACCGCGGGGGGAAAAUCAUAAUCUAAUCUAGAUUUUUUUCUUUUCCUUUUUAA